AUGGAGAUGUCGUCACGGGUUCCCGCCGGCAGGGAGGUCUUCCUGAAGCGCCUGCAAAUCGACCCGGUCAACUGGGAAGACCUCGUUCGAGACCGAUCGACCUGGAGGAGGAUAGUGCAGACAGGCGCUGCGAUCUACGGAGGCAGCCGCAUCGCCGUCGUCAAAGCCAAAAGCGAUGCACGCAAAUUACGCCUGUGCGCACCUCAUAAUGCCAACGUACAACCGCCUCGAACGUGUCCGCGGUGUCAAUGGACAUUCCGGGCAAGAAUUGGACUUGGUGGACACUUACGAAUCAACUGCCCCACCCGGACCGCACCAAACGUCGUCCCUCCAUCCUCCUCUUCCUUAUCCUCCACGCCGCCAACUAACUGUGACCGCUCUUCUGAACCACCACUCCCAUCCUCCACUUCUCCCACCUUCUGGUCCUCCUCCUCCACCUACUCAUUUUCCUCGUCCUCCUCCGCUGCUUCAAAGCCUGCCGUUGUGGCGCCGGCCACGCACAUCAACACUGAACACAAUCCGGACACAUCCUCAAACAUCAACAACACCAUUUUCUGCACCAGAUGUGGGGACCAGGAUUACACCUACCCUCACUGUGACCGCACCUUCACCCCACACAUCGGCCUGAUCGGUCACUUGCGAAUCCAUCGUACAAAGACUGGCGAACCAGUACCUGAUGGGCCAGCCUAAACCCUCCUCAUCCGCCUCCAUUGUCACACUGCCCUCGCACAUUCAUGCACCGCAUGGGCCUAUUCGAUCACAUGCGCAUCCACGAAAACCUCAGGUAGACAACCGCUGGCUGCGCCAAGUCCUCCCUCAUCGCCACCCCACCGCUCAUAAACAUCACCCACCGAAAGCACCAAGAUGUCACCUCCCACGCGAGUGGACAAUGUGCUUCUCGAUUCGGUCUCCAUGCGGCUCCUGUUGCAUGGGUGACUCGAGCCUGAGACUACCCAGACGCUUCAAGAGUCGUGGAUAGGAAGGCUGCUGAUUGACUCCCCAACCCAGUCGACACAGUCCGUCCAGUUGUGUGUGUGUUGUGUGAAGAGGCGGCCUGGUGGGCUGGGGGCCGAUCCGAUACAGACCCUUCCCCGACACUCACGCAUGCAAGAGAUACGCCUCUCAACCCCCGUUGUGUGAAAUCCUGGCGUUUCUGUUUGGGGGGGGGGGGGCAGGUCGUGCAUGUGGCGUGUGCAAACAAGGUCAUCAGACCAUGUCAGCCACAGCGCCCAUUCCCCGCUGCAGCCAGCUGACCGGCUCGGACAGGGGCUGAGGUGUGGGAAUGGGAAGGGAGAGUGAGGUCGACGACUCAGCGCAUUCUCCUCACUAUAAACAAUCUGACGCGCUUGAAGUUAUCACGGUGCGCUAAAAACCGUGGCUUAGAAGGUUACCAACUGAUGGGAUAACUUGGACCUCACAGUUGGCCCAGUGUUGUGUGUUUGAGUGGAGUGGUCAGUUGGUGGUCUGAGAGUCAGGGUGCAAUGGUUCCUUCUUAAUGUGGCCUCUGUGGCACUCCCACUGUGUGGGAUCCGAGCCGGGCGUUGGCGGCACACUUAGCUGCGGCUUCGGUUGUGCCAGCCUCCAAUCCCUGUUGUUCUUGGUCAAAAAUCUGGUUAUUUGUUGUGUGAAACAGGGGGUGUGGUGUGGAACGCUAAGGUGCGGACUCGACCGUGGCAUCCACCCGCGCCCUCCCCCGCCUCCGGUCUUCUUGACUCGAUCUUGACACCGGGUCUAGGUGGGGAAGGAGGGGGAGGAGGAGGAGGAGGAGGAGAAGAAGAAGAAGAAGAAGAAGAAGAAGAAGAAGAAGAAGAAGAAGAAGAAGAAGAAGAAGAAGAAGAAGAAGAAGGAGAGAGCGUGUGCCGAGGCGCCAGACUAUCUUGCCUUUCCCUACCUGUUCCUCAUUCUUGAACUUACUGGUUGUUUAACUGAAUGGAAUGAACACAACUCGACGCGACGCGCUUGGCAUGAGUGGGACUGUCAGGUCGUUUGA